AUGACGACGAUAAAUUUAAGUUUAUGGGAAACUCCAAAUUUCCCGUCCCUUGAUAUUCUUGAAAGUCGAACCAAAGUAACGUUAGAAGCUUUGAAUAAAUGUAGAAUUUUGGAUAUCAAACUUCGAACAAAUGACGAUAAAAUUGAAAAUUUUAGUCGUGAAUUUAACACUUUAACUGAAGAGAGAGCUGUAGAAUCGCUAAGACUCUCAUUAUAUAUCGAGGAUGUUAUUAUAUAUAUACAAUUACUUUCAAAGGAAAAUACAAGUAUAGGAGUAAUCCUUGAAACUUUAUCUUCUUUAUUGGAUACGGCACAAAUUAGACAAAAAAAUACAAAGAAAUUGAAAAAAAAUUACGAAGAAUUUCUUGAAAGAUUUAAUAAAGAAGUUGACAAUGUCCCAAUAUAUGUUACUAGUGUCCCAAGUUAUCAUUCAACCGAGAAUCAAAUCGUCAUCAGAAACCCUCCCUCUAGAAAAUUCAUGUCUCUAGAGUCUUUAAAAAUUGGUGUAAUAUCGGCAUUAUUUGGUUAUAGUGUUUUCAAAUUUACUCGCAGUAAUUUUGGAUCAAAUGUCAUCCACCAAUUUCUUUCCACCACCGCGUUUACCACUUUCUUAUUAAAUUUCAUUGAAGAAAGUGUAGACAGUGGAGUUCGUAAGCCUGACGAACAAAAUCAAAAAAGUUCUGACAUUCCCGCUGAUGAAACGAAAGUUGAUUUUCCGAAAGAUGAAUUAUUGAAUGAUGAUUUUUCGAAAGAUAGCAAUUCCUAUUAUCAUACUAGUGAACCGAACCCUUUUUGCGGGACAUCAAUUAACGAUGAUUCAUCAGAUGCAUCAGUGCUUACAUCAUAUAUCAACAACAUAUUUAAUUAUUUUAAGGGAAAUAAAUCAAAGGAAAAUAUUACGAACCCACAUUCUGCUUCAAAAUCUACAACUGAACCAGCUUCGGAACCAGCUUCUUCUUCUGAGACAUUCAAUUACGUUGAAUCUUAUUCUUCUUUACCUUGUAAUGGUCAGUCAAGGAUUCCGGAAAAUAUAUCUCCAGGUUUGACGGAUCAUAGAAUUAGCAUACCAUCAGCUGGUUUUUUGAGUUUUGCGGCUUUUUUCUUAAUGUUUGGACUUUUGUGGCAAUUUAAACCCAAACAAUAUCGCUGGUGGAUGAAAUUUUUCGGGAAUGGUCAACAACGUAAACCACUAAAAAGAACUGAGGAAAUAAAACGACAACAAAACAUUGAAAAAAAUGAAAAAAUCUUGGUAAUUAAAGAAAAGCUUCCUAUUAUCGUUCAGAACGUUGGGAUUUUAGACCAAUUUUGGGAUAAUCAAAUCAUUAACAUUGAAGCGCAUAUUGAGACUUUAAAAUCAGUGGAUAAGAAUAAGGAAUAUAAAAUCCCGCGACAAAUAGUCAUUCCAAUUGAAGAACUUUGGACGAAACAACUUAAUGUAUGCAAAACGAAUCAUAUUCGCCUGAAAGAUCUUGUAACUCGUAAUUCUCUCCUAUCCAUUGAUUGA